AUGGAUAGGACUUGGAUAGAAGAAUCCGACUACACUUCCAAUAGAUACUUUGACGGAGUGAUCCAAUUCUUAAGCUAUGCUUUCACCGGAAAAACACUGGAAUCAGUUGUGCACUGCCCCUUUAAAAUUUGUGGCAAUCGUGCAAGUUAUAGCCGUAGGGAGAUCUUGCUCCAUUGUAUCAAGUAUGGGUUUGACACCUCUUACAAGGUGUGGACUUGGCAUGGGGAAGCGGGGAGUGAGACGACCACUAGCAACUUGGUUGAAGAUGAGAUGACUUCGCAACGGGAAGAUGAACUAGACUUGCUUCUGCGCGAGUGUGUUUUCUCACACGACGUAAAUCCAGAGAACAGUCAUGCAAACAUAAAUGAUGUGGAUCCUGCAGAGGGGUUAGAGAGCGGUAAGAAGGGAUUGAAAGACAUAUUAGAAGAUCUGCAAAAGGACCUAAUACCGGGGUCUAAGAAAUUGAGUAGGUUAUCAUUUAUCGCACGCCUUAUGCAUUUGAAGGUUUUGUGUCAAUGGUCAAAUAAAUCAUUUGACCUUCUGCUUGCCUUGUUGAGGGAUGCUCUACCCGAUGAUGUGGUGUUGCCGAAGAAUUACUACGAGGCAAACAAAAUAACAAAAGAGUUGGGAUUUACUUGUAAGACUGUGGACGCAUGCAUGAACAAUUGUAUGUUAUUCACCGGAGAGGAUGCAGAUCUUCAGGCAUGUGUUGUAUGCGGUGGAAGGAGGUUUGUCGAAGGGAGCUCCACCGUGUCUGUAAAAAAGAUGAGGUAUUUUCCAUUAAUUCCCCGUUUACAGCGAAUGUUCUUGUCCUCCAAAACAGCAGCGUCAAUGCGGUGGCACGCUGAAUCUCGUGUUGAUGAUGGCGUUUUGCGGCACCCGGCUGAUAGUUUGGCAUGGAAAAGGUUUGAUCUUCGAAAUCCAUUAUUUUCCAAUGACAUUCAAAAUGUACGAUUGGGAUUGGCGUCCGAUGGCUUCAAUCAUUUCGACGGUCCUAAAGGGCCGGGAGAUCGGAUCGAUGUGUUUUUGCAGCCUCUUGUGGUUGAGUUGAAGGAGUUGUGGGACAUUGGCGUGAGAACAUUUGACGCAGUAAGUCAACAGUACUUCCAAAUGCGUGCUGCCUUACUAUGGACCAUUAGUGAUUUUCCAGCUUAUGCUAUGUUAUCUGGAUGGCCGACACGCGGGGGAAAUGCAUGUCCAAAUUGUGGUGUACGGACGCACUCUACAUAUUUGAAGAAUGGGCACAAAUUUUGCUACUGUGGCCAUAGGCAUUUCUUACCUGAUGGGCACAGGAUGCGACGUGAUUGGCAUUCCUUUGAUGGAACGAUGAACUUUGAGCCCAGCGUCACACGCAUAACCGUGGCCAAGUUACAUGAUCAGUUGAGGGAUGUUUCUACUGCCUACCGUAAGGAGGAUUUGCGAAUCCUUGGUGUUGCAGCUAGACGGGCUUUACCCAAAGACGUUGUCGUUGUGUUGAUGGAACUUUGCACCUUCUUCAACUUAAUGUGUUCAACAAACAACACAGUACGGGAUCUUGAGAAGCUACAAGAUAGAAUUGCUCUGACGUUAUGUCACUUAGAGAAACUAUUCCCACCUUCUUUCUUUGAUGUCAUGGAACAUCUUCCGAUUCACUUACCAGAGGAGGCGAUGAUUGGAGGACCUGUUCAGUAUAGGUGGAUGUAUCCAAUUGAAAGGUAUUUAGGUACUCUCAAGAGAUAUGUACGGAACCGUGUGAAUCCGGAGGGUUCAAUUGCACGUGGAUACCUCGUGGAAGAGUGUAUGACAUUCUGUUCGAGAUAUGUUGGGGAUUUAGAGACUAAAGAGAAUCGUGUUGUGGGACAUGACGAUCUUGGAGAAAUAAGGGGGCGUGGUCUUUUUGGGUCCCGGAGUAACCUCGAUUCCAUCACUUUGCAACAAAUACACGGAUACAUAUUAGGCAAUGUCGAAGUUAUUGGUCCACUCAGAAGGUAUGUAUCUUCAAUAGAGGAUAUUUUGUCUUAUUAUGGGUUACCAUGUCUAAAAUCCUUGGGGACUCCCCUUCUUUCAUCCCCAGUGUGCAUCUUGAAAGUAUUAAGAGAAUGCGACCCAAUGCAAGCCCCCGAGAAGUGCAGCAGAUUCACAUCAAACAAUUUCCAGGGUGGUUUCAAACCUAUGUGGGUAGAGGAUCCUACCGACAAUGUCGAUGGCACAAUCACUGCGCACAUGAAGACACUAGCACAAGGACCUUACACGCAUGCAACAAGAUUCACGUCUUGCAUCGUCUCUGGAAUCCGGUUUCGAGUUAAAUCAAGGGACGAAGGAAAAAAAACUCAGUGUGCUGGUGUGAUGGUCAAUGCAGAGACAAUUAGCUAUGCAAGUGCAAGUGACCUAAAUCCUCGGGCAGGUUCGGUCGCAUAUUACGGGUUAGUAACUGACAUUAUAGAGGUGGAGUACAGUAAUGAAAUCCAUUUCCUUCUAUUUAAACGCGAUUGGGCUGACCCAGAGAAGGGUGUUAAGGAUGAUGAGUACAAGUAUAAGAUGGUAAACUUUCAGCACUUGAUGUACACAACAAAUCUCCCAACAGAUGAACCAUUUAUCUUAGCUACGCAAGCAAGACAUGUUUGGUACAUCAAUGAUCCCGCAGAUGAAAACUGGAGUAUUGUUGUUCCAAUGUCUAGGAGAGAUACCUAUGAUGUUUACACGACCAUAGAUGAUAAUUUCAGGACAAGGUUUAACCUUGACGAUGGUUGCAUAUCCAGAGGAGCGGUUCAUUAUUGGCUGAGGGAGGAUGUAGAGGGGGUAGUAGUGGAAGGUGAAGCCAAUAUGAAUGUAGGCACUUGCGUACCAGGGAUGGUUGAAGAGGAUUCUUCCGAAGAAUCCGACUGCGCUUCUUUAUAA